UGCCGGGGGUGGUCGUGGUGUCGCCGGUGACAGCCUGUGCCUUCAGGGGGCCCUCGUCCGGGCCUGGCGGGCCUCGCUCGCGCUCGAUCGCCCAGUCACUCCCGCGGCAGAGUACCGGAGAGACUAGGUGGCCCUGCAUCCCUCGCCGUCGUCCUUUAGAGCCUCGCUCUCCGUCCAGUCUCCGUCCGAGCCGAGGAGAGGUCGCUGACCCGCUCCUCAGGCCUGGAGGCUUGGGAGCCGGCCCUGGGCACCCCGAGCCCCGGCAGCUGGACGCAGGCGUCGGCCACUAGAUAAAGGCUGCUGGAACUCGGGACGUUGACGUGACAUAGCUGGGGGACCGCGGAGGACUACUGCGAAUCGCGGUGGGCAUCUGCGCCCCGCCGGUCCAAUUAGAAUUUAAACCUCUGUAUCUUGGGCACCAUGACACUGAGGCUCUUGGAAGACUGGUGCAGGGGAAUGGACAUGAACCCUCGGAAAGCUCUGUUGAUUGCCGGCAUCCCCCUGACCUGUAACGAGGCGGAAAUCCAGGAGGCUCUGCAGGCAGGGUUAGCGUCCCUGGGCCAGUACCGACUACUUGGGAGAAUGUUCAGGAGGGAAGAGAACAGGGUUGUAGCCCUUGUAGGACUUACUGAGGAGACUAGUCUUGCUGUGGUCCCUAAGGAGAUACCAGGGAAGGGCGGUGCCUGGCGAGUGAUCUUUAAGCCCCCUGACCCAGAUAAUGAAUUUUUAAACAGAUUAAAUGAAUUCUUAGAGGGAGAGGGGCUGACAGUAGCUGAGUUUACCAGCGCUCUUGGGUAUGGAAACGACCCUUUUGACCUAGACCAAAACCUAGUCCCACACGUGGGGGCCCCUAUGUUGGCAGAGGCAUUAGAUGAGGCCCUUCAGCCGGCCCUGCAAUAUCUGCAAUACAGAAAGCUGAAAGUGUUCUCAGGCAGCGAUCCUCCAGAACCUGGAGAAGAAGGAUUUGAUUCCUGGCUGUUUCAUACUACUCAUAUGAUGAAGACAUGGCAGGUGUCAGAUGCAGAGAAAAGAAGACGAUUGCUAGAGUGCCUUAGAGGCCCAGCAUUUGAUGUCAUUCGUGUCCUCAAGAUAAACAAUCCUUUCAUUACGGUCCCUGAAUGCCUACAGGCACUUGAGCAGGUAUUUGGGGUUAUCGAUAAUCCUAGGGAGCUGCAGGUCAAAUUUCUAACCACUUAUCAGAAGGCUGAAGAAAAGUUAUCUGCCUAUAUCCUAAGGCUGGAGCCUUUAUUACAGAAACUGGUAGAGAGGGGAACAAUCGAGAAAGAAGUUGCGAAUCAGGCCCGCCUAGACCAAAUCCUUGCCGGGGCAGACGACAGAACCCUUCGGAGGAGGCUUGACCUGCCGGAGGAUGGCCCGGCACCUGGCUUAUUGCAGUUACUGACACUGAUAAAGGAAGAAGCAGCAGCUGAGGAGGAGGAGGAGGCCCUUCUUCAGGCAGGACUAGAGGGGAAUUUCACCUGAGUCUUAGGAAACCAGAAGGGGAUAUCUGACAGUGAGCAGAGCAUGAAGGUACAGCAGCCCGUACUCACCAGAGUUAGAUCUGAACCAACCCCCUGCCUUGUGCCGCCAAGUAACUCAUCGUUGCACAGUGCUCAGUAUAAAACCUUUGUCAUUUCUGUGCCUACUUAAUGUCUCCUAAGUGUGUCCUUGACUAGAAAAAAUGGAAUUUUGCACUGGUAUUUAUAUAUUUAAGUUCACACCUGUGAUGUUUUAUAUAAAACCGUACAGAAGGGUGCAUCACUACAUGUAUGCAGUGCUCUGAGGUUGCAGGCACAGCUCAGGGACAUGGGCUGAGCAGAAGAGCUUGCUGAGAUGUCAGUUUGUGUAAUGACGGGAGCAAACGUAGCAUGUCAGAUGGGAUAAUAUGGUAUCGUAGGUCGUUUUUAGAUGUGUAUUGUCUCUUAUAUUUACCAUGAAAUCAUGAACAGUGGUUAAGAUAUUAAAUAUUUUCUGCAUGAAUCAGAAUUUUAUUGAUUCUGUGCAAUCAAAAAGCGGAAUUACAUGCUGAGGCUGAAAAGUUUGCAGCUGCCACCUCUAGCCCUAGGUGUCUGAUAUGCGUUGAACGGUGUACAUGUCCUGAAUGUCGUUUUAAUAGAUAUUAUACAUGUGAAUUUAUAAAAUAAAGGAAUGCUAAUGAAGUGACUUCUUUUAUCUGUUCUACUUACAUUAGGGUUUCAAGAGAGGUUUCAUUUGAACAAAUGGUCCCAAAAGCUUAAAUAUGAAAACCACUGAGGUUAUACAGUCUUCGUCCCUCUGGACUCUCUUCUCUUGGUUCCCACAGGAUAGGAAGUGCUUUACUAAGUGAAAUUGCUGGAGGGACCUGCUACUGAAGCAGUGAAACAAUGGAAUGAAACAAAACUACACAAAUUGUCCUUGUGUGCCAUUGAGUCAGUCCUGGCUCAUAGCAAGUCUAUAUGACAGAGUAGAACUGUCCUAUAGGGUUUCCUAGGCUGAAGUCUUCACGGGAGCAGAUCACCAGAUUUUUUUCUCCCACUGAGUGACUGGUGGGUUCCAACCACCAACCUUUUGGUUAGCAGCCGAGUGCUUAACCAUUGCGCUGCCAGGGCUCCUUGUACACAAAGUAGUGCAUGCCUCUGUUAGAAAAGCUAAAUAUUUUUCUAUAUAUUUUCUCAGUUAAUCCUCUGAAAAAUCCUGCAUUGUAGAAAAACUCAGUUUCACACUUGUGGAAAUGGGCACAGAAAGGUUAAGAAAAAUUUGUCCAAGGUGAAACAACUAGAAGUGGCAGGGCCAGAAUUCUAUCCUCGGCCUUACUACAACGCCCAUAUUCUUCCCACUGCCAAGAACAAUGGAGAAGCAACCAUCAGGGUAUCUAUAUCUCAACAGCCUCACAAGGGCAGCAGGGAGGUGUUACCGCAGUUCAUAAAUGUACAUCAUGUAUGCAUUAGCAUGUAGUGUGUCAUUCUGCAUCACAGCCCUACUGCAAACUGGACACUAUUAAAUCCGUUCCUGGCAAGUGGAUUCCGACUCAUGGCAACCCCAUGUGUUAGAGCUGCUCCAUAGGGUUUUCUUGGCUAUAAUCUUUACAGAAGGAGCCCUUGGUGGUGCAAUGGUUUAGUGCUCACCUGCUAACUGAAAGUUGGCGAUUGGAACCCAUCGGACACUCUGUGGGAGAAAAGACCUGGCAACAUGCUUGUAAAGAUUACAGCCUAGGAAACCCCAUGGGGCAGUUCUUCUCCCUCCUGUAGGGUCAUUAUGAGUCAGAAUCAACUCAAGGGCACAGAACAAGAAUCUUUACAGAGCAGAUUGCCAGGCCUUUCUUUUGUGGCACCAUUGGGUGGGUUUGAAAUGCCACCCUUUAGGUUAGUAGUUGAGCACUUAACCAUUUGUGCCACUCGGGCCUUAGACACUUAGCAGUGGGGAAUAUAAGAACCUAUAAGAUGUAGGGGCCAGCUGGGGGUGGAGGGAGAAAGGGCAUGGGUUAGUGAUUGGUCCCUAAGAAAAUGAAUGGAAGUCACAGAAUGAAAAAAUUUGAAAAUUGCUGAAAGGUAGGAUAAAGUCUAUCUUUAAUAAAAAUAUCCAAAAGGGCCAAAUUUGGGAUGUACACCUUCAGUUUGGGAUUCAAAGACAAAGUAUAAUGUUUCUGUUAUGACUAAAUGUCAUGGUUUCCAUACAAGUUCCCACAAGUUCUCCCACAAUGGAAAGCUAAGCACUAGAUGAGAUGUGGACUCUGAAUGAAGUAAAAGGUGUCAUCCUGACCUUGUUUAUGUUUGUGUAGUCGUGGAGAGCACGUGGAGUACUUCCACACGGGUCAUUGCAUUUGCCGCCUCGUAAGUGGUGGGAAGAGGUACUAACCACAUUUCCAUCUGUGUGUGCGCACGCGUAGGCGUUCAUAAAUGCUGCACCUUUUCUAUGUUAUAAGCAAACAGUAUAUAAAAGGAAUCCAAACCCGCUGCCGUUGAGUCGAUUCCGACCCAUAGCGACCCUAUAAGACAGAGCAGAACUGCCCCAUAGAGUUUCCAAAGAGCCCCUGGUGGAUUUGAACUGCUGACCUUUUGGUUACCAGCUAAAGCUCUUAACCACUACGCCACCAGGGCUUCUUCCUACUGUAUACAAAAAAACCAACUGUAUAGUUAAGUUUAAAUUAUUAUCUCUGCCCUGGGGGAAACCCUGGUGUCAUAGUGGUUAAGUGCUACAGCUGCUAACCAACGGGUCAGCAGUUCAAAUCCACCAGCCGCUCCUUGGAAACUGUAUGGGGCAGUUCUACUCAGUCCUAUAGGGUCGCUAUGAGUUGGAAUCGACGGCACUGGGUUUAGUUUUUUUUUGGAGGUCUUUUCAGAGUCAAUAAUCACGGACGUUGAAGGCUUGCCGUGGACCAGGCACUGAGCACCACUGAGCUCAUUUGCUCCUCCAAUACUGAGAGGUAAGUCCUUUUAUUUUCCGCAUCCACAGAGAAGGAAACUGAGGCACAGAGGAGUUAAGUAACUCACCCAGGGUUUCACAGCUAACAAGGGGCAGGCCAGGAUUUGUACUCAGAGAAUCUAUUUCCAGAGUCUUUGCUCUUAAUCUCUAGUUUAUGCUGCCUCCUUUAAUCCUCACAGAAGCCUGUGAGAAACAUGCUUUUAUUUCCCCCGUUUUAUAGAUAAGAUAUUUGAGGCUCAGAAAGACUCAGUGGCAAGAGCAGAUCGUCUGACUAGAGAGCUUUUCUUAAAUGCGUUCUGACAUGUGUCUGGCAAACACUACGUAAUUGUAAAAAGUGGCCGUUCUGUUUAUGAAAUCAUGUAGUAAAAGAAAAAUGUGUGUGUUCUUUAAAUAGCUAUGUUUCUAAAACAUCAGGAGGACACGUUACAGUGCUAACUGGUUAGGUUGAGGUCAUGGGAUUUUUUUUUUUUAAAUAAAACUUUAUUGUGUUUUCGGUGAGAGGUGAUGGGAUUUUCAGAGUAAUUUAGUUUUCUUUAGUUCCCUAAAUGUUAUUUCUUAAAUGAAAAAUAAAUAUGCAAAGGAGAUGCUCAAAAAAAAAAAAAAAAAAAAGAA